UGACAGCAACAAUGUGCACAUAGCCGCAAGAUAAAAUCCUUACCUUUUAAAUUAUCUCCUGAAUACCUGAACAAACUACAGGUGAAGGCUGCCAGGCAGGAAGGUGAAGGCCAGUGCUGUACAUUUCCACAGUCCAUUGAUUUUUCUCUUGGGUCAUCCAGUUUAUAUAUAGCCCCACAGUUGUCCUUUGCAUAUAUUCAAGCGGGUCAUGUGAGCUGUAGUUGGCAAAUUGUCGCCAGUUACAAAGUCUAUCUGUGUUCACUUGAAAAUGGAAAGUUCUUUGUAUUAAGCAGCAGAUAUGUUGUGAUGGUCUUAUCUUGUGGCCGGAUUCAUGCAUGACACCUGCAGGUAAUCACAGAUGCAGCAACACUUGUCUAACAUGUGUGUUGGACUGGGCUGAGAUGGUGACCUUGCCCUUGACUACUUCUCUACGUGAAGUCCCAUGAUGAAGUUCUGGCAGCGUUUGGUCAUCCUGUGCAGUUCAGCAUUUCUCAUGCUGACUGUUGUCUACUUCUACAAUGAUAACCAGAUCCACAGUCACGUCAGUCGAGCCCGGCUUCGUGAAUCUCACCUGUGGCCUCUUAUCUCUCAGUCGUUCUCCUUAGACCGCAGUGAUGAGAUGUGCCAUUUCAAAAUCACUGCAAACUCCCACCCGAACAUUUCAACUUACGAUCUCUACCAACAGACCAACUUCAAUGUGAAUCCCGAUGGCUCGUACGAAAUGCCGAGCCCACCACCCGACUAUCCGAACAAGUCUGACUGGGAUUUGGAACCGCUGACCGUCAUAGUGGUCCCUCACUCCCACCAGGACCCAGGCUGGCUGAAGACAGUUGAUGAAUACUACAUCGACCAGACCAAGCACAUCCUCACCAACAUGGUGAACAAACUGACGGAGUACCCCAACAUGACAUUCGUCAUGGCAGAGACUGUGUUCUUCAGCAUGUGGUGGAACGAGCUGGAGGAUGCUGUGAAGGUUCACGUAAGAAGACUGGUACGCCGUGGACAGCUGGAGAUCGUGAUGGGCGGCUGGGUGAUGCCUGAUGAAGCCUCCACUCACUACACGUCCGUCAUUGACCAGCUGGUGGAGGGCCAUCAGUGGAUGUGGGAGAACCUCGGGGUGAAGCCUCAGAACAGCUGGUCCAUCGACCCAUUCGGCUACUCGGGCACCAUGCCCUACCUCUGGAAGAAGGCAGGAAUGGAUAACAUGGUCAUCCAGCGAGUUCAUCAGUCCAUAAAAGGAUCACUGAUUUCUCGACAAAGUUUAGAGUUCAAUUGGCGACAAGCCUGGGAUUCCAAAGGCACCACGGAUAUUCAGUGUCACAUCAUGCCAUACAUGCUGUACAACAUUAAGUUCACGUGCGGACCAAACAAAUAUAUCUGUUUAUUGUUUGACUUCAGGAAUAUACCUCAUGAAUAUUCAGAAAGCAGAUCCAAAGCUAUCACAAAUGAAAAUAUAGAAAAGCAGGCAAAGUAUCUUUAUCAGCAAUAUAGAAAAAAGUCCUAUCUGUAUAAAUACAACACAAUAUUGGUGCCACUGGGUGAUGAUUUCCGAUAUGAUUAUGAAAUAGAAUGGGAUCAACAAUACGAAAACUAUGCCCUUUUGAUGAACUAUAUGAAUUCUAAAAAAGAGUGGAAAAUACAUGUAAAGUUUGGAACACUCAAAGAAUACUUUAAAUUAAUGAGAAAAGAAAAAUCUUUCAAGAUGGCGCAUGGUCACGACAAAGGUCUGCCGGUGCUGUCUGGUGACUUCUUUCCAUACUCUGACCAGAACAGUGAGUACUGGAGUGGAUACUUCACAACUCGCCCCUUUGAUAAAAAGUUCUCUAGGGAUGUACAGCAGCACAUCCACGCGGCCGACAUCUUGAAUACUUUAGCCUUUGCCUACUUCAAGAAGUGGAACAUGCACAACCAGAACCGUUUUUUCCGAUACUCGUCCUUUUUGCAGAAGGCUCGUCGCAGCCACGGCUUGUUCCUUCACCACGAUGCCAUCACAGGAACGGCCAAGUCGUAUGUUGUGAUAGAUUACGAAACACGUCUGGCACACGCGUACAAUGAUACUCAACACGUCAUGGCAAUGGCUAUCCAGGCCCUGCUGUCGAAGGGCAAGGUUGAGUCUCCAGUGGUGUUCAAGCCAGAGACCGUGCGGCCUCGGUUCAACAAGCAGCCAGAGAAGCAAGUGAUUGAAGUGAAAGAAUCCGGAACAGUCGUCGUGUUCUUCAACCCGCUAGCACAGCACAGGCAGGAGGUGGUGCGUGUCAUCACCAACACGGAUCAUAUUGUCGUCAAGAACGACAGAAAUAAGAUAAUUCCCUAUCAGAUAAACCCAGUGUGGGAAGACAAGACCACGGUCAGUGGGACUUCGUUUGAAAUAGUCUUCAUUGUCGAGUUGUCUCCCUUUGGAAUUGCUCCUUAUACGUUGAUCCGGGUUGAUUUUUUCGACUGGAAUCAGGUAUAUCCAGCAAAGAUUUCCAUGUUCAACACAGAUGAGCUGAUUGUGGCCCCUGAAGCCCCGUUCUAUCAAAAUCGCCCAAAGAAGGAGAGUGUGGUGCCAGUAAUCAUAGAAAAUGAUAACUACAAGCUCAUGUUUGAAACCAAGACGGGUAGCUUACAAGUAGUGGUAAACAAGCUGACUGGCAACAGAACCGACAUAAAUUUAGAAAUCUUAGCCUACCACUCUCAAGGAAGUGGUGCCUAUCUAUUUUAUCCUGCUGGUGAAGCAAAAUCCAUCUUUUACGACGACAUUCCAGUCAUCCGUGUCAUAGAGGGACCCAUCAUGUCACAGGUUCAGGUGAUUUUCCACCCGGUCCUCACCCAUACAGUGACUGUGUACAAUCACCCUCCACUGCAGGCAGCAGGCAUCUUCAUAACGAACAACCUCAACAUGAUAGCUUUCAGGGAGAAGGAAAUCAUCAUGAGAAUGAAGACCAGCAUAAACAACAAAGACUCAUCCUAUUUCACCGAUCAGAAUGGAUUCCAGCUCAUUAAGAGAAAGACAAACAAUAACUUGCGGAUAGAGGCAAACUAUUAUCCAAUGACUUCCAUGGGUGUGUUGGAGGACGAAAAGCAGAGGCUGACUCUGCAUUCUGGACAGUCACACGGUGUGGCUGGACUGAGGGCCGGCUGGUUUGAGGUGAUGUUAGACAGACAGACGAUAUACGACGACAACCGAGGACUCUCUGAGAGUGUGGAGGACAUCAAGCCAGUGACAAGCGACUUUGUCCUCAUGCUGGAGGACCGGCAACAGAAAAACCACCAAAAGCAUUUCCACUAUGCACUUCCAUCACUGCUCAGCAUAUCAGUUGGGGACUUCCUUCAGACACCUAUCGUGGCGUACUUUAGCGUGUUGGACACAGAGGUAUUCCACAACACUUUCAAACCGCUGAGUUCUGCUCUCUCCUGUGAUACAACAGUGACCAGUUUCCGUAGUUUAGCCACUGCUAAUUUGGUGUACAACGGGACAAGUCUGAUUCUACACAGACGAGGGUACGAUUGUGCUUUCCCUGUCAAAGGAGUUCAGUGCUCUGUGUCGGAUAACUCCGUUUCAUUAGGAUCUUUGCUCAAAGAUUUCCCUCCCCGUGCUAUAAGGGAAACAACUCUUACUCAUUUAUAUAAAAAGGGUGUGGUAGAGUUACUUUCUCCUUUAAAAAUUUCUCCAAUGGAACUAGCAGCAUAUCAUAUCCUGUGGUAGAUAACUAAAUCUAGAUUGGUGUACAUAAUUUUUGAGAUGUGAGCUAAUGUGUAUAUAUUGAAGAAUAUGACUUUGUAAGUAGAUCACUAUACCGCUAAAAUUGGACAACACUUAAAUGUAUCUACAUAUUGAUAGCCACACAUAUACAUAAUAUCAGCAAAAGGUAACUAUCUUGCACUAAUGCAUAAAACCCAACUAAUAUUAAACACUAUAAGUACAUAUAUAUACAUUUAACAUCUCAAUGAAUGUUUUAAAAAUGUUGUGUUUUUUAUACAUUUUAUUUACAUAUUGCAUAUAAUUUGGUUAAAUUUCCAUCCCAUUUUUAAUGACCAUGCCUAUGCAUGUCUACAUAUAUUCAGUAUAAAGAUCAUUAAACCUCAUUUACUUCUAAGUGAGUAAUAUUUAUAGAUUCCAACAUAACCCAGCUAUAUGAUAGACAUAAUUAUAUUUGUCCAAACCCAAUUAUGUAAUGCUGUAGUGGGGAGAGGAUACAUUACAUGUUGUGGCGGAUGGGAAGAGUGUUUAUCAGAAUUAUGUGUCAUUUUGUGUUUUGUGUGCAAGUCAUGUCCAGUGUUUCUAUUACAGUUCACAUUUUUUAAUCAAGUAUUUAUUAAUACCAAAGAAACAAACCCAGUCAGUGUUGGUCAAAUUAUAUCAGAGCAUCGAAGAAAUGGAUGUGUAUGAAUAAAAGUAUUAUGUAAUUGCAGAGGGGAUGUGGUCCUUGCAUUAUAAAACAUUAUUUGGAGGUGAUAGUAACAUAUUGGACAUGUUCUGCAUUACAUAAUUGUUGAAUGGCAUAAUUAUAUAAUAAAACAUAAACAAAAUAAAUUCAACUUUCAUUGUUCAUUUUAAACAAAAUUCAUUGAGGUGUUAUUAUUAUUUCAAUCUGCAUGUCUGUUAGGCAAGACUAACAAGUUUUAAACAUUCCUUCGUUUUCUUAGAAAUUACAGGGUUUCUUAAUAGUUAAUAAAAUUAAUUUAGAUUUUGUUAAAUACACCUAAAAACAUUAAAGUGAAACUGUAUCAUGUCUUGAUAUUACAAUGCCAUAUAGUUUUAUUAUUGAAAACUUAAUCAACAGAACAUUUCUCAAUUGUCAGCAUUUCUUUUAAUUUCAUUUACAUGUAUUGUCUUGACCAGAUUAUCAAUAACCAUGUCUGUCCAUUCUGACUAUGCAGUGUAGACCACAGUUUGUAAAAUAUUAGCUUAAAUGAUGUACAUUUCAUAAAAUAUAUACUAAAUCUUGAUGUACAUUUUCGUAAAUGUCGCUCAAGAUGAGUGAUGUCAUGAAUGUAAGAAUGGCUUCCUUAAAUUCUGAAUAUUUGUUUCCAUUUUCACUUAUCUAUACAGUAAAAACAGUAUGACUUUCCUUUGUAUUUGAUGUACAUGCAUGUAAAUGUACACCCAGCAUUAAUAUGUCCAUACAGUCAAGUUUAUAGUGUAGUAGAUGUAUGUUUCUGAACAAAUUACCACAUGAUUAAUUAAAUAAAAAUAAUAAAUAACGACCCCAAAACAAACACCAUCACUGCUUGGUGUGCAGAAGUAGUGUAUAUUGGUGUGAACCAGUAUAUCAAAAUAUGAGAAGGUGGAAAGAAACCGUGAGGAAACUGGAUACAAAUUUCAUUAAUGGUCAUGUACCAGUAUGUGUACUUUGUUUUUAAAUAUUUUUAUUGCACAUGCCUGAGUUGCUAAAUUAGUUUAUUUUUCUAUGUCUGUUAGAGUGAAUAGAUAGGUCUACUGACAGCUGUAUGAUAAAUAGUAGUUAGACGGUGGUUGGAUGGAUAGAUGCAUGGAUGCAUGGAUGGAUGGAUGGAUAAAUAGAUUGAUGGAUAGAUAUUAUAGUAUGUGUCUUCGUGCAUGCGCACAUGCCUAAAUAUGUGUAUACAUACUGGCUAAUGUCUAUGUAUUAAGCAUUAAUAAAAGGUCAGAUUAAAACAAACCCAACAUAAACCAUCUAUGUAUAAUAUGUAUAUGUAUAAAGAUUAAUUACUGAGAGGUGGUGGUGUCUGUUUUGUUCAAACCAUUGUUUAUAAUUAUCUUCUUGACUGAAGGACACGGUAAAUGAGUCUGUAAGGGAAACAAUCAAGGGGGGUGCAUUAUUCACGUUCAUUUUUCAAUCGGUUUAAUAUCUCAUUUGUCACGUGUAACAUAUAGACACAUUUAGGAGCUCAUAUCAAACAUAUUUACUUCAUUUUGUAUUGUAUAAACUGGUGAGUUCUGAGCCUGUAUGAUUCAAUUUGUUUGUUAAAAUUAGACAAGUAUGAAAGUAAAAUGCUGGUGGAUAUAGACAUAGACUAUAGUAACUAUAGUGAGAUAAUGAAAAACCCCCAACUGGUAACUAUCUAUAAUUGAUUUAAGCCUAUCAAACUCUCAAUAACUGACAUCUACAAACUUAACCAUAAUUUAACUAAUUUGUAUAAAGUUAACUUUUAAGUUAGAGCAUAAACCUUCAAACUCUGAUAAGCUUCAUAAUCUAAAUUUCAGGAUCAUUAAUUUAAACCUUUAAAGUUUAGACUCAAAUCUCUGGUAUUAAUGUCUGGAAACAUUACCAUCAUAGCAAUACAAACAAAUUGCAUGCAUAUGAUGUCUAGACUAAUGUAUUAUCAGUAUCAGCCCUGCAUAAUAAAAUUUAUUUUAACAUUCCCUUGCACCAAAAAUAUUCUAUUUUGAUGCCACCAUGGGCAUAUAAAAUAUAUAGACAUUUUUUUGUGUUCAUGCAUAGUACAAAGCCAUCCAAACUGACCAAUAGCAAUAAUGUAUUAUUUCUUUCUUGAUAAAUGACCAUGUCCAACAUGGCAGCAGUGAUCAGACAUUGGUGGAAGACUGUCAUUGUUAAUGUUAUAUACAUGUGUAAUAUAGAUAUACAGUGAAACCCCUUUAAACCAGUCACCCUUUGGACCAAGUAAAAAGUCUGGUUUUAAGAAGUAUUCACUUUAGAGAGGUUAUGUUCUGUACUUAUUUUAAAAAAGGGACAGUGAAAAUUUCCAGUUUUGAAAUAAUUCUGGUUUACAGAGGGUCCAGUUUUGAGAGGUUUCACUGCAUAUAUAUAUAUAGCUAUAUGGUUGCAUAGUAUAUUUUCCUUAAAAUGACCAAACUGUUGCAACAUUAUAAUGUUCAAAAUCAAAUGUACCAAUAUUAAUCACUGUACAAAAGCAAAUAUAGCACAAAUGUUUGUGAAAGGUAUUAUUUUUACAUCAGUGAUAUUAUUGUGAACAUUUUUCUUAAUUGCAUUUAUCUUCACCAAAAUUAUGAAAAACAUAAACACUAAACUAAAAUGGUUAAUGUAAAGGAUUAAGUUACAACAUGAUUCAAUGUCAUGAAGCUGUUGAUGUAUAAAUGAAAACAAGUUAAGACUAUUGAAUAUGACCAUUGGUAGCCUUGAUAAUGAGUUAUACUUAAUGUGUUUAUAGUGUGUAUAUUGUGGUGAUGAAUAUAAACAAAAUAUGAUUGAAAUAAUUUAACCACUGCCUUUUUUUAGUGUAAAACACAGACAGAAAUAAAGUGUGUUAAACAUU